AUGCUAGACCUAAAACCUUCAAGCAUCUUGGUGUUUGUGUUUGCCGUGCUUCUUUUGAAGACUGUGGUGAACACUAUUGGGAAAGUCAAUAUCGAAAACUAUGCAUGGAAUAUCUACACUGGCUUUGCCAGCAAGUCCGGGCACCCUCAGUUCGUGGAGCUCAGAAACAAGAGAGCUGAGUUGGUGGAGAUCAACAAGCAGAGGAAAGCUAUUAGCGCCCAGGACCAGUAUGCUAAAUGGACAAAGCUUAAUCGUCAGUUUGAUAAGGUCAAUGGAGAGGUGGCUGCCUUGACUGAAGCUGUGUCCAGUGAAAAGCUUCGCUUCACCAAGACCAUUGGCGUACUUAUAUCGUUGGGCACUGCUGCACCAGUAUGGUUUUCUAGAGUGUGGUACCGUAAGGCCAUUUUGUUUUACUUCCCUCCAGGUGUUCUUCCUCACUACCUUGAAUGGGUCUUGGCUUUGCCAUUUAUCACCACCGGCGGUGUGGGCUUGACCAUCUGGAUGAUGGCUGUCAAUUCUGUAUUAGCAAGCUUGGCUCAAAUCAUUCUGUUUUACAUUCUGCCAGCUGUCGAGCAGCCUACCAAGCCAGAACAGAAACCAACUGAAAAGACAGAAUAG